AGUUACAGUCUCAGUCAGUGUCCAAUCAGAAGCCUCGUUACAGUGGAGUGCCGAGCCUGGAGUAAAUAGGAAGGAUAGCGGAUGGCUUUAGAUAGUAUGGAGCAGACUCAUGUGACAUAGAGAGCGCUCGCCAUACUACUACCGGAGAUGAGCGGCCUCUCACCGGCUAGAGCCGCCGCCACUGUCCCGCUCGUACCGAGCCCUAAGCGGGAGAACGGCUACAGUGUGGGCCAGGCGACCCAGCUCAUCAUCAAGGAUGUUGGAGAGAUUCAUUCGAGACUGUUAGAUCACCGUCCGAUCAUUCAGGGGGAAACCCGCUACUUCAUCAAGGAGUUUGAGGAAAAACGUGGACAUAGAGAGUUGAGAGUUCUUGAAAAUGUUAAAAACAGCGUAUCUGAAAUUAACGAUCAAGUUCUUCCAAAAUCUACAGAUGUAAUGCAAGAUCAGCUUGGACUGGUGCUGAAAUCAUUGGAAACUGCCAAUCACGCCAUCCAUAGGCUCCAGCAGCAAGAGCAGGAGACUGAAAAGAGUAACACAGCAACAAAAAUUAGACAUGAGAAGCUUCGCUCGCAGUGGGAGACAUUCAUGAAGGAACAGGAGCAGAGACGUUUGGCGAUAGACGAGGAGCACAAUAAAGCUGUAUCGCGUCUAAAGGAGCAGUAUGCACAGAUGAACAGAGAACUCUCAAAAAUGGCCUCCUUUUAAAAAUAACCCGAUGCACAUGAUAAAAUAUCCAUGCUUGCCAUUCUGUUAUGUUACAAAAGAACAGUGGUAAGCUUCAAUUACCUCACAUAUCAAGUGCCUAAGGAAGAAUCUUGUAUAAGAUAUAGAAUCUUGUAUCUAGAAUCUUGUAUAAGAUCUAGAACAAAUAGGGCAGUGUAGAAAAUUCAUCGUCAUAUAGGCUGGCAUUUAUCAUUGUAGGUGUAAGUGAAGCAUUUAUCAUUGUAGGUGUAAGUGAAGCAUUUUUCUACACUUUUUUUUUUUUUUGUGUGCUGGUAAUGUGUAGGAGCACCGCAUUUAUUAAAGGGGUAGUUCAGUGGUGAAAAACUUAUCUUCUAUCCUAAGGAUAGGGGAUAAGUUUCAGAUCGCGGGGGUCAGACCGCUGGGCCUCCCCGCGUUCUCCUGUACGGGGCCCCCGGCUCGCUUGCCAGAUAGCGCAUGUUGACUUUUUUUGCGCCUUUUCUAGACACAAAAACUGUCUAAAGACUGAUAAAUGUCGGCCAUAAUGUUAUUUUUAUUAUUUUUUGAUUGACUUUUGGUUUGCUGGUCUUUUCCUUGUGCUUACCUCUAAAUUUGUGUCACUUUUGUAUUGAAUCUGUUUUUAUGCAAGCAAUGUUGUAUACUGAACAAAUAUCACUGUGUAUUUGAGCAAUAUCCAGCUCCUACUUUUACCUCUGAAAUUAUUCAGCAAUAAAAGAAUGAGGAACAGCAAGAAGCAAGCAAAGAGAACAUAGAAGUCCUUUAUUGUUUCUGUCCUUGGGGGGGAUUUAUACAUUUUUUUGUUUUUUUUGUUUACUUUGUCUAAUUUGCAUAUUUUUUUGUGCAUUUUUUUUUUUAAACUGACCUUAUAACUGAUUUCUGAAGACUUGUCUUUUUAGGCCAUCUGAAGACUUGUCUAUGUGGUCAUUUCAUUUAUCAUAGACCACCUUCAGUGCUGCUCUAGAAACUUGGUUUACAAAUAUCUGAUCUGACCGGGGUGAAAACCUGAUGCAUACAUCCAAUGGAUACCUAUGGUGGAUGCUGCUUAGUGGUAUCUGUAAUACACAGGGGUUCAUGGUUUUAAAAAAAAAAAAAGAGCACUAUUGACAUGCCUGGCCUCCAUCCGGUAAAUGGUCCAUCCUAUUAAUCCAUUUAACAAAUGCUCUCAGCCCUAUUCUGAUGCUUGUGUUCAGCACUGUCCAGCAGACUUCUGGUGGAGAGCUGGCACCAAGGCAAAAACUAGAAAGCCAUGGCUUACAAAUCAAACCUCCAUGUCCCCUUAGUAAUCCCGCAGGGCACCCACAUUCUGGCUUAGAAACGGUGCUCCCAAGAACAAGGAGCACCAUCUGAGUUAGUGGAAAGAUCAGAACCAAUGGAACAAAAUAUUAUUUUACUAAAAGUCCGUUUGGAAUAAACUUAGUAGAUGUGGUUGGUAGAUCGAUAACAACAUGCUAUAUCUACCAUACAAUCA